UAGCGUUAAUAACAAUCAACCUGUUGGCUUUGCGAAAUUACAAUUUAAAUUUAAGAAUUUUUACACACCAUUAAAUUAAACAAUGCUUGCUUUUAACGCUAAACAUAGACUAUGUGCUUUAAGUACUCAUUUUAUAAGGCAGUUGGGAAAUCAGCCACCUGCAGAGUCUAUAGUUCGGGAUGCAGAGCAGCCUGUGGAAUUGCCGUUUUAUACAGAUGAGCAGCGUAGGCUUAUUUUAAAUGUCAUAAACGAAAAAGGCGUUGAGCAGCUACUAAGGUACGAUAUUACAAAGUCACGUGCAAACAAGCUACACAACUGGAAGGCGCGCAAUGGUCCACUGCGAGAGCUAAGCGAUAUACUCUAUGUUGAUGGAUUUGGCUUAAAAGUGGUUACCAAGUUCUACAAGAGUUUACUGGAACCGGUGCCAAGUGCUUCGAGUGGUGCUAAAGCUGCAAAGGCUUCCCGCAUAGCGCCGUUUAUAACACCAGUUUUGGAUGAGCAGCAAAGGCAGCUCAUUUCAUCAACUGUUGGAGUGCGCAUUGGUGUUACGAGUGUUAGUUGGGCACGCCUGGAAUUGCCGCAGACUAAAUAUUCACCUUGUUUGCUUAGUCACUGGCAGCAUCACGAAAUAAACGACAAGAAAUUACAUCUAGUCGAACUCGUGCGCCGUUGCCUCUAUGUGUCUCAUCAAAUACCCGAAGCAGACUGCUAUGUCUUGGAGAAUCCGCAGAUGGCGCAGGCAAGCAACAAUCCCGGCAGCAUUGACCAGCAGAAUGUGAACAUCCAGAAGGCACAAGUUACUUCGAUGCUAAGCUACGCUCUGAUGGCGCGCAUUAAUGCCGGCGAAAGCAAAAUGAAUGUCUUUUACCUUCGUCGGUUCCUGACUGCGCGUCUCUUCAAUCAUCUGGUUGGUACUGAACGCGUUUCCUCGGAAGAAACAAUUCUUGGCAUGAUGCGGACGUAUUAUAAUAUGGAGGAGUAUGGAGAACAAGACGAGCCGAUUAAUCUGCAGAAUCAAGUGCAGUUCCCUUCAAAUUUGCGCUCAAUGUACUCUAAAGUUGAGCGAUAUCAACGGGAGCUGCUUGGGCAGGCUUUCCUGUUAAACUUGGCCUUUGUGCGCCUGGUUCUUUUACAGGAUCAGGCGAGCAUAGCAUCUGUAUCACGCAAUUCCAAAAAGUCCAACGAACAGGAAUUGAAAUAAAAUUAAUAUUAAUUAAAUUAAUUAAUAUAUAUGCUUGUUAGAAACGUUUUUAUCUAUAAAACUUACUAGUAUACCAGAGCUAAUUUAUAUAUUUAUAUAACUGCUUAAAUAGAGUAUGCAAACUUC